UUCGCUUAAAUCUGUCUGACAGCAUGAGGGAGAUUGUGCACAUUCAGGCCGGUCAAUGCGGGAACCAGAUCGGGGCAAAGGUGUGUAGCGUGGCCGCAGAGAGCCGAUAACAGAAUCGGGCGAGCGUCGGCCACCUCAGUCCUCCCCCGCCCCCCUUUCCCGCCACUUGGGCAGGACUGCGCUAACGCAUGCGCAGUUAAAUCGGCCGCUACGCAGGCGCAGUUGGCCGGUGUCUGGCCUAGCUGUUGUGUGUUGUUCAUGUGGUGAUUGAUGCACGAUGGGAUUCUACCUGUUGAUGCGUAGUCAUGAUCGCCUGUUUUUAUGCGUGUGUGUUUGAGAGGGUAUAAUCGUUUGGGCGGGAUAAAGGAAGCUGACCUGGGGCUGGGGACCUUGCUCAUCUGGGUACAAGUCCAAACACUAGGAGUCCUGGCAGAUUCUCUACUUUCCUCUGCCAAACAUCCAAAGUUACCGCGGCAGUCAUGCUUCAGUCGGAAUAGAACUGUGCAGCAACUUUUUCCAUCGCACACCAAACAUACGUCCUCCAGUAGGUGAUAUUUCCUCCCUGGGAAAGAAGCUCUGGUGUUCUACCCUAUAUCUGUUUUUAAAACUUCUGUCAUGUCUCCACUCAGCCGCUGAUGCUCGAGAGAAAGCAAUCCAAGUAUGUACAACCUCUCCUUAUUGCUAAUGCUGUAAUCGAAGCAACAUCAGCUCCGUCCUCUUCAAAACUUCCACCUUCUGUCUGUAGCGUUGUAACUAGAAUUGCACUCAACUGUUGAAGUAGGAGUAUAAUAGGAAGUUGAGUAGGUCAUCAAUCAAUUUUACAGUCUAAUCCUCUUUCUCAAUCUCUCUGGCCAUAUUCCUUCUGUUUUUUUUUGUAUCUAGAAAUCAAUCUACCUCCAUAAAUACAUCAGUCAUACAGCACUUUGACUAGCCGGUUUGCCAACCACAUUAUGCCAAUUAUACAUCCUUUAAUAUCCAUAUUAGGUCAUUGGCCUGCUCUGCUUUGAUAGUUUUGAGGUUCCCAACCUGGGGUCUAUGGCAGAAAAAAGGUUGGGAACUCCUGGUCUAAAUGCUUUUUAAAUGCAGGAAUAUCUGCUCUGCCUCCACUUACUCUUAAGGCGCUGCAUUCCAAAUUGCAACUGCUCUUAAAAUAGUUCUCUAAAUCUUCUACCAUGGGAAAAUGAUUCUUAAUAUUUACCUUUCAUAAUUGUGAGCGGUGCUGGUAGGCCACUCCAGGGAAAUCAACCAGCCUAUUCAGGCAACUGGUAACUGGAAAACCUUCCCCAGGCAAUACCCUGGUGAAUCUCUUCUGCGCCCUCUCCAGUGUAAUAUCAUCCCUUCGAUAGUAUGUUGAUAAAAAGUGCAUACAAAGCACAAAGCUGGGCCCCACCAAUGUUUUAUAAAGAUGUUAAAUGAUGUCCCAGCUCUUACAUCAAGCCAUUUGAUAUUCCUUCCGCUACCCCCACCCUCUCAUUCUGGUUUCUGCCCUCACCCUUUCCAGUCCUGAUGAAAAGUCUCAGCCUGAAACAUCAACUCUCUGUUAUCCAUCACAGGUGCUGCCUGACUUGCUGAUUUCCUCCAGCAUUUGUGCCAGUUGCUCAAGAUUUCCCACGUUUGCAGAAUCUCUUGUGUUCCAAAUUGUUAAACAUUGCUUUCCAUUGAAAUAGAAAAAUCUGUUCUAACGUUGAGUGUCUUUAAAAUAACAUUAUGAUGGUGCAAGAUGGCAGACAGCCACAAAGACCAUAGCAAGAAGGUCAGAUGGCAGUGCUGACUUAUGAAGACUGGCAAAUGAAUGACGGGAUGGCUAAGUCUCAGGAAACUGAAAUACUGUACUAGCUUGGAAGCAGUGGACACCCACUGUGCCGUGUGUGGGUUCUAGUCAAAACAGGAGCAGAGCUGAAGAUGACGUUGUGUGCCUCCACAGAGAAAGAUUGCAGAUAUGAGGAUUCUGCAUCUGCCAUUUUGUCUAUAGAUUAGGGAUUUGAAAGUAGACGUACGAGUGGUGAUUGAUAAGUUUGUGGCCUAAGGUAGAAGGAGUCUAUUUUAGAAAACCUAGCACAUUUAUUUUUCAGCAUAGUCCCCGCUUACAUUUACACACUUAGUCCAGCGGUCGUGGAGCAUACAGAUCUUGGACCUCCAGAAAGUGUCCACAGAUAGGUGAUUGAUAAGUUUGUGGCCUAAGGUAGAAGGAGAUAAGUUAUACAGCUUUCGUUACGUGCACAUGCAGGGCAACUGUUUGAGUGGUUAUGCAGAAAGUUUGAAGUUAAUAACUCAUCUCCUUCUACCUUAUGCCUCAAACAUAUCAAUCGCCCCUUGUAUUUACAACAGUGUGUAACUUGAUGGGGAACCUGUGAGUGAUGGUUUGCCUAUGUAGUAUCUGCCCUUGUCCUUCCUAAUGGCAAAGGUAGUGUCUUGGGAGGUACUGUAAGAGUAAGCCUGAACCUAAGGCAACAUCCAUGAUGUUGAUUGUGGAUGUUGCACCCUAGCUGUCUACUUUAUUGGUGCAGCAGCAUCAGUCAAUACACAAGCCAGGGCAGUAUGAUACGGAGAGCAAGCUGUUGCACAUGCAGCAGGCCUCCCCCUCUCCACACAGCUAAGGAAUGACAGAGACCGAUACAGUUUGGCACCAGUGGCGUCACAGGAGUUGUCAGUCAGCAUUGAACUCAAAGUAGGACUGCCUUAAGGACUCCAGUUCCAGAUUUUUCCCUUGGAGUUUACUCCUGAAGCCUUCCCCAUGAACGUGUGUAUAAAGUUCUUAAGAUUGUUAGAGUGAGGGCGGGGACAGGGUGAAGUAUCAAUUAAAUGCUCCCAAUGACAUGAGCCUCAAAUAGCGUCUGACAACCAAGUUCAGCUCAUAGUCUUCGAAUGUCGCUUAGCUUCAAAGCCUGCCGGAACCAUUUGUACUGACAGGAGAAGUAGCAAAGUGGGUUGCUGGCACUUUAAACGCUUUGGGCAAACGAGGCUCAUCAGACGUGGCUGGCAGCUCAUCUCGGAGAAGGAAAACUGAUCUCAAGCAUCUGCUGCCUUGAGGCUAUAAUGUAAGAAGUUCUGGGAAGUCAUCAGUGAUGAGCAUGGGAUUGACCCCACAGGAAUGUACCGUGGAGAGAGUGAUCUGCAGCUUGAGAGGAUAAAUGUCUAUUACAAUGAGGCAACAGGUGGUAGAUUUGUGCCACGUGCUAUUCUUGUGGACCUGGAACCUGGUACAAUGGACUCUGUUCGUUCUGGACCUUUUGGGCAGAUAUUCAGACCUGAUAACUUUGUAUUUGGACGUAGUGGUGCCUCUAACAACUGGGCCAAAGGUCACUACACUGAAGGAGCUGAAUUAGCUGACUCUAUAAUGGAUGUGGUGCGGAAGGAGGCCGAGGGAUGUGACUGUCUCCAGGGAUUUCAGCUCACUCAUUCACUGGGUGGUGGUAGUGGCGCUGGCAUGGGCACUCUCAUCCUUAACAAGAUUCGUGAAGAAUACCCUGACAGAAUGAUGCUGUCUUUCAGUGUUAUUCCUUCACCCAAGGUAUCAGAUGUUGUGGUUGAACCCUAUAAUGCUAUCCUGUCAAUUCACCAGCUCAUUGAGAAUACAGAUGAGACAUUUUGUAUUGAUAACGAAGCUCUACAUGAUAUUUGUUUCCGAACUCUCAAGCUUACUUCUCCCACUUACGGUGACAUGAACCAUUUGAUAUCAGCCACCAUGAGUGGUGUAACGACCUGUCUGCGUUUCCCUGGUCAGCUUAAUGCUGACCUCCGUAAACUAGCAGUGAACAUGGUCCCCUUCCCCCGCCUGCAUUUUUUUGUGCCUGGCUUUGUUCCUCUGACCAGCCGUGGUAGCCAGCAGUACCGUGCCCUCUCCGUACCCGAGCUAACCAAGCAGAUGUUUGACGCUAAAAACUUGAUGGCUGCCUGUGACCCUCGGCACGGCCGCUACCUGACCGUCGCCGCCGUUUUCCGGGGCCGCAUGUCCAUGAAAGAGGUGGAUGAACAAAUGCUGAACGUGCAGAAUAAAAACAGCUCCUAUUUUGUGGAGUGGAUUCCAAACAACGUCAAGACUGCUGUGUGUGACAUCCCACCCCGAGGACUCAGGAUGGCAGCCACCUUCAUUGGCAACACAACAGCCAUCCAGGAGCUGUUCAAGCGCAUUGGUGAGCAGUUUUCUGCCAUGUUUCGCAGGAAAGCCUUUCUUCACUGGUACACAGGUGAGGGCAUGGACGAGUUUGAAUUCACUGAGGCUGAGGCUGACAUGCUUGACCUGAUAACUGAAUAUCAAUAUUACCAGGAGGUUAGCAUUCACGAUGACGAUGAUUAGGAGCCCUGAAUGUCAAUUGUGAGAUUCUAACUCUUAACAGGGAGGCCCGAUUUUUUUCUCCUGCACUGUGCACAUCAUCUAAUUUCAAUGCCGUGUGAACUGGCUGAUGGCCAGUACUUGAUUAAAGAUGG